AUGUCCGGACACGCCAGGCCGCAUUCGACUGCUUUUGCGCCCAGUGACCUGCGUGGGUUUGACAUGCUGGAAGAGGCUUUCAAGGGGUCGGUGUUUCGCAAGCUUGACGAGACAGCUUUAGGGAAGAGUUGGCGGCUGGAGCGUGAGAAGAAGAGACAGUCGGCGCCGGCGACAGUGUUCGCAGAUAUCCCGAGCUCUGAUGAAGGAAGCUCUCUAGGGUCAGAGCUCGAGCAAGUGCAGGACGAAGGCUUCAUUGGACCUUUGGUUGCGAAAGCGUCAGGAGAUCGUGUCGGGCUGGAAGCAGCGCAGGACGUAGGCUUCGUGAAACCACUACUUGCUGAUUCGUCGCCGCAGCAUCCCGACCUGGACUCAGCGCAAGACGGAGCAUUCAUCGGGCCGUUGCUUGCCGGAUCGCCACGAGUACCUUUAGUCGUAGAGCAGCCAGGAGCAAAGUUCGAGAGUAUCGAAGGAUCUAUCGCAGACGAACCAUCCGAACGGCGUAUCCGGUCACAGACUGAAGCACCUGCAAGACGACUCGUCACUCCUCCGCAGCAGACGGCUGCAGCAAUCGCGCUCCCGCCGACACCACCGACUAUGGCUAACUCUGAUGAUAAUGAGCCACGAGCGACCGGUCUUGCAGCCGAUCCCAAUUUCGCGAACGAUGUACGAGAAGCAUUACGCAAGAAGUCAGGACUGAGCAUGAGUGGGCAGCAUCUUCCCACCCCUGAGCCAUCGCCACCUGCGACUACCGGGGCGCCUGCCUCGCCAUUACUGCGACCAACUUUCGCAGCUCUCAAGCAUCAUGCAAGCUCACGUGCUGAGUCAUUCCAUACUGCGCGAGAAGAUCCAAACCAGAGUCAACUCAAUCUACUGCGAGCUCAGACGCCGGAGGAGGGUCUAUUGGAUAACGCGUGGCUAAGAACCUCGAGGAACGGUCUACCCCAGCAGCAAGUCGACAACGAAAGCCCGGAAUCCUUGCCGAGCGAGGUAUCUGAAGCUGGAAAGCGCGACCGUGACCUCACACCCACCCCAAAGCAUCGCAUGAAGCGAGAUUACUCACCCGAUUUGACUCCUGGAUCGACUUCCGAUUUUGACAAGCAUAUCUCUUACAUCGACGACGACUCCAUUCCAUACUUCAUGCAAACAUCUGAAACGCCUCACAAUGGCCCACAGGACCAUACUUUAAACUCCACAGAGCAUAGCAGCGUCGAAAGCAUGAACAAUCAGAUCUACAAGCAGAUUCAGGAGGAGAAUGUGAAGCGUCAUAGCCUACUCAGCAACGGUAACGCGGUAGCAGCAGGCAUCUACAUUCCUUCUUCACCACAACGAGCGCAUACUCUCAAGCGGACGGCGAGACAUGAAGCUUUACGCGAUGUAUCCGACAGUGGAGUGAGUCAACAUCAUAGUGAGCCUCCAGUCAAACAGCUUCGACGGAAAAGUGCGCAUAUACAGCCGCGAUCUCUGGAUGCUAGUCCAACUUUCGAUGCCGACUCGAAACCGAGGCGCCUACCACGCGUCGACGAGAGACGCGUUGUCACUGACCCAAUGACGCGGCUUACACAGGCAGAGAUGACGAGUGCUGUCAUGCCGUCGCCUUUGUUCUAUCGAGAGCCGAAGCUGCGGCAUUCUUCACGAGGUAGUCGACUCGAGAAUCGGUCUCCUUCUUCCAGACGUGACAGUGGUGAGAUCACUGACCAUGGAGUUGGGAUGGUUCCUCUCCAUGAUGUGACGAUCGAGCAUUCUGGCAGCAAGACGCUUCGGCACUUCUCACGAGACGCACAACUAGAUCGGAAUGAGUCUAUCAAGCGAGCGAGUCCAGACGUGCAACGAUACGACUCACCGGAUAUGCAUCCUGGUUUCGAGGCCGUGAUUAGCUCGAGCCGAUUAUCAAGGCGAGACGAUAGUCAACGUGCAGUACGCGAGCCGGAUGUCAAAACUAUCACCUCAAUACGAAGUGCGGCCAAUACAUCAGACGAAAGGCACGACAAACAGCACACCCUUCAUCAUUUCCCGAGAACAGCCAAGCUCGAAAACAACACCCACGUCCGCCGUGGUAGCUUAGAGACACACGGUAGUCCUCGAGCUCUUCACUCGCAACAUAACAGCCUCGACCUGCGCAUGUUGCAUCCUAUCACUACACCAGGGUCCGUCAGUGCAUUCUCUGACCAGACUGCCGUGGAGGUGUGUGAGGCCAAGGGUGUGACUCUCUACCCACAUCACAAUGAAAGCUUGCUCGUAGUCCAGCACGCUUUCAAGCCCACCCUAGCACCGCAGCCGAUACUAGUCGAUCAGUAUGAUUGGAACAACGCAAAGCACUAUACGAGUCUUCUAACGCCUACUUUUGCUGCGACAGUCGAGGAGCCUUCACCACAACUCAGUCAGCGAGAUAUGAACAACUUCAUUGAUAGUCCUCUCACGCAUCCUCGUACUGCACCUGAGCCACCGGCUUUCAGAGUCAUACCGCCCACGCCGAGCCAGGAUCAGGACAGCGAGACGACCACGCCACGACAAAGCAUUGAACGUCCGGAUCUACCGGUCAGACGUCCUAGCCUCAUCCAACGAGCUCGUCGCUUCAGCGAGAGCGUGAUCGAUGCCCCGCUUUUCAAUCGAUCGUUAAGCCUGCGCAGUAACAAGGUUACUCGUCGUGCUGUAGACGAUUCAGUGGCGAGACCGAAGAAUUUGUCACCCCUAUGGCAGCCUCGCCGCUUCUGGGAUGGAUACGACAGCGAAGAAGAACUUUAUGACGACGAAGAUCUAGACGGGCUGCCUUUUGCUCCUGACGGACACACAAGAUUACCGGAAGGUGGCGACACGAGUUCUAUCUCUAGCCAGAAACGGGCAGGCCAGCGGAGACUGCUCUUCCCACGAAACAUGAGCGUUCGUAUGCCUGGUUUCCGUGGCGAAGGUGGCUUCUUGGUGGGGAAUAGUCUAGGUAUCUCGAGAUGGGGAAGUAAUAAUCGGCGGCCGCAUGUCGCUGUUGUGCGGAAGAGCAGUGUAGGCGGUCUGCAUACUGGUGCUGGUAGCGGUGGGAAGUAUGUUAGUCAGGGCAGCGGAAUCAGGAGACGAGCCAGCGAGGAAUGGCUUGGGCAGGGUGGCACGGGUGCGAGGACAAGAGGCGGAGGUGUCAGGAAGCUCAGGGAGAGGAUGGGUAGGCUUAGAGGCGGAAGGGAGGAGGAUGCGGCAGAGAAGAGGAGACGCGAGAUAAGAGGUAGUAUUGUUCAUGCUGAACAGGAGUGA